AUGCCCAUUCGCAACCCUUUUGCCCGCCGUCCGGGCCCUGCCACUCUCCAUGCAGACGAAAACUCACGACCCGAUGGCGAGAGCCCGUCGCAUCCCGGAUUUGAGAAGCAAGACACAGUCGGCUCCAAGGCUUCUUCUUCCCUCAGCGUGCGAAGUUCCAAGAGCCAGGACAAUGGCGAAUACAAGAUGAGUGUCGUGAAUGACAGCGGCGUCUAUCUUCCGCCAUCCCCAACUGAAGAAAAAGGCCUGUGGCCGAGCAAGUACCUCGGCUCUGGCCACAAUUCGACAGACACUCGCAGCAAUAGCGGCGAGAUUGAGCAUUUCUCUAUUUCCCGAGAAUCUUUCGAUUCGUACAGGCGAUCAUUUGACAUCACAGCACGGUCCCCAAUUCCCCAGAACGACUUCCCGGCGCGCCAGAGUCUCGAUUCAGCCCGCUACCCUCGCCUGCCUCGAUCCGCGCUUGACAGACAUCGGGAACUCCCUACCGCUGACGAGGGCUUCGAAGACGUCGGCCUGGACGACCAGAAGCAUCAACAACAACACCACCAAUCCAGCCGCAUGCGCGGCCUGUUCUCGCGCUUCGGCGACUCAGACCACAAGGAGCCGAGCGCCAACUCGCCCAACUCAAGCGUCACGCGCUUCCUGAACGGCGCUGGAAGAAAGCGCGGCCAGAGCGGACAAGGCUCAGAACUAGGAACCAUCGAGCGCCCAAAGUCGGCGGCGUCAGUCGAGACCACCGAAAUUCAUUAA